UAGGCCUACUCUUAUGACAUGUGACUUGACUUGACUGUUUUUCGUUUUUGUUGAAAGAUUCAUUAGCAGUUAGAAGCUGAUAAAAGUUCCAGUAACAAGUCGGCACUGAGAGAAAGGAUAACACUGUAAUAUGCAGAAAUCUACAAAUUUUGAUACCCCUGUGGAAACACUGAAUCCCACCCGCCAAGGCACUGGAGCUGUGCAAAUGAGAAUCAAAAAUGCCAACAGCCACCAUGACAGGCUGAGCCAAAGUAAAUCUAUGAUCCUCACCGACGUUGGGAAGGUCACUGAACCUAUAUCCCGGCACAGAAGAAAUCAUUCACAGCAUGUCUUGAAAGAUGUUAUUCCUCCAUUGGAGCAAUUGAUGGUUGAAAAAGAAGGUUAUCUUCAAAAAGCUAAAAUUGCAGAUGGAGGAAAGAAACUAAGGAAAAACUGGUCUACUUCCUGGAUUGUUCUUUCUAGUCGGAAAAUUGAAUUUUACAAGGAGUCCAAGCAGCAGGCGCUGUCUAACGUGGUGAAAACUGGGAACAAACCAGAAAGUGUGGAUUUGUGUGGGGCACAUAUUGAGUGGGCCAAGGAAAAAUCAAGCAGAAAGAAUGUCUUUCAGAUCACAACUUUAUCAGGAAAUGAGUUCCUUCUGCAGUCAGAUAUUGACUUCAUCAUAUUGGAUUGGUUCCACGCUAUCAAAAAUGCAAUUGACAGACUGCCAAAGGAUCCAAGUAGUCAUUCAAGAAACCUGGAAUUAUUUAAAAUCCAAAGAUCCUCCAGUACUGAACUACUAGGUCACUAUGAUAGUGAUAUAAAAGAACAGAAACCAGAGCACAGAAAAUCUUUAAUGUUCAGACUGCAUCACAGUGCUUCUGAUACAAGCGACAAAAACCGAGUUAAAAGCAGAUUAAAGAAGUUUAUUACCCGAAGACCUUCCCUGAAAACUCUGCAAGAAAAAGGACUUAUUAAAGAUCAAAUUUUUGGCUCUCAUCUGCACACACUGUGUGAACGUGAAAAUUCCACAGUUCCACGGUUUGUAAAGCAGUGCAUUGAAGCUGUCGAAAAAAGAGGUCUAGAUGUUGAUGGAAUAUAUCGAGUUAGUGGCAAUCUGGCAACAAUACAGAAGUUAAGAUUUAUUGUCAACCAAGAAGAGAAGCUGAAUUUGGACGACAGCCAGUGGGAGGACAUCCACGUUGUCACCGGAGCACUGAAGAUGUUUUUCCGGGACUUGCCUGAGCCGCUCUUCCCUUACAGUUUCUUUGAGCAGUUUGUGGAGGCGAUCAAAAAGCAAGACAACAACACAAGAAUCGAAGCCAUAAAGUCUCUUGUACAAAAACUCCCUCCACCAAAUCGUGACACCAUGAAGGUCCUCUUUGGACACCUAACUAAGUAA